AUGGCCGUCUACGACCUGGCCACCAAGCUCAACGAGGUUGCCGCGCGCGCCGAGGUGUUUGUCACCGUCCUCGUCGGCACGGGGCGCUUCUUCUCCGCCGGCGCAGACAUCUCCUCGCCCCGCGAGUCGCCGUCCCUGCCCGCCGACGCCCACCGGCUCUGGCUCCAGUCCUUUGUGGCCUUCAACCUCAACGUCACGCACGCCUUCGCCCACCACCCCAAGGUCCUGGUCGUCGGGCUCAACGGCCCCGUCGUGGGCCUGUCCGCCGCCCUCGUCGGCUGGGCCGACUUUGUCUACUGCGCCCCGGGCGCGUGGCUCCUCACGCCCUUCUCGACGCUGGGCCUCGUCGCCGAGGGGGGCGCCUCGCGCGCCCUGGCCGCCCGCCUGGGCCCCGCCGCCGCCGCCGAGGCCCUCCUCAUGAGCAGGCGCCUCGAGCCGCAGCGCCUCCUGCAGUGCGGCUUCGCCAACGCCGUCUGGGACGACGUGGCCCGCGGCGACGACGCCGCCUUCCGCGCCCGCCUGCUGCGCGAGGUCGACGACUGGCUGGGCGAGCGGCUCAACGGCGAGAGCAUGCUGCGCAUCAAGAAGUUGCUGAGGCGGCCCGACGCGCUUGCCCACGACGCGCAGAACGUGCGCGAGGUGUUUGCCGGCCUGGACAGGUUCGUCGAGGGCGUGCCGCAGGCCGAGUUUCGCAAGCUGGCCAGUGGGGAGAAGAGACACAAGCUGUGA